CUUGUUAAUUAGGUCUUUUUUGGUUUUAUCAGUGUCUAUCUGUGUCUCUCUCACUGUCUUUUUUUGCAGAAAUCAAACAAAGGCACAAAUGAAACUCUUCAACUGAGAAUAAGGCUCUGAGAAACAUUGUUACCACACACAAAUUCACUUACUGCUUAACACACACAUACACACACGCACACACACACACAUAAUGGCACUUGACAACACCGGCUUCACCUCGUGCGCCGAAUCCCUGUCCCUCCCAGUUCCAGAGAAAGGGGAGGAGCCUGUGGAGGAGGCCCCAAAGGAUGCUCCACCCACCAAUGUACAGAACGCGUUUGAGGAGCUGGGGCAUGUCGUAACCACGGAGACAGCCCCGCCCACACAGCCACAGGCCAAUAACAGCCUGUCCUUCCAGGAUAAGAUGGCAGCGAGGGAGGCACAAGCCAAUCAGCCAUUCAGGAAGAAAAUUCAAGGGGCAGGGCAAGAGAGGGGCAAGUUCGGAUGGGGGCGCAGCAAGCGUAAGAGACAGCGCUAUGUGGAGAAAAACGGCCGUUGUAAUGUGCAACAUGGUAACAUGCGCAAGACGUACCGUUACCUGACGGAUAUCUUCACCACUCUGGUGGAUCUGAACUGGCGCUGCUCUCUGCUGGUCUUUGUCAUGGCGUAUGCAGUCACCUGGCUCUUCUUUGGAGCAAUAUGGUACCUCAUUGCAUAUUGCAGGGGUGAUCUGGAUCAUUUGGAGGAUGAGGCGUGGACUCCAUGUGUAAAUAAUGUUAAUGGAUUCAUCUCCGCAUUCCUUUUCUCCAUUGAAACUGAGACAACCAUUGGCUACGGUCACCGUGUCAUCACUGACCAGUGUCCAGUGGGCACCAUGUUGCUCCUGCUUCAGGCCAUACUGGGAUCUAUGGUCAAUGCAUUCAUGGUUGGUUGUAUGUUUGUGAAGAUCUCCCAGCCGAAUAAGCGUGCUGAGACCUUGGUGUUUUCUCGUAAUGCUGUCAUCUCAUUGCGGGAUGACAAGCUCUGUUUGAUGUUCCGCGUCGGGGACUUGAGAUCCUCCCACAUUGUGGGCGCCAACAUGAGAGCCAAACUUAUCAAAUCCAAACAGACACAGGAGGGUGAGUUUAUUCCGCUGGAUCAGACGGAUAUCAGUGUUGGUUUUGAGACGGGGGACGAUCGUCUCUUCCUAGUGUCUCCGUUGGUGAUCUCUCACGAGAUCGAUGUCCGCUCUCCGUUCUGGGACAUGUCACAUUCUCAGCUGGAGAAAGAGGACUUUGAGAUUGUUGUCAUCUUGGAGGGGAUGGUGGAAGCUACAGGAAUGACCUGUCAGGCACGGAGCUCUUACCUGGCUGAAGAACUGUUGUGGGGUCACAGGUUUAGUCCCAUGAUGUCGCUGGCCGAGGGAUUCUUUGACGUGGAUUAUGGGUCUUUUCACCACACAUUUGAGGUGAACACGCCCUCCUGUUCUGCGAGAGACCUGGCAUUGGCUGCCGCCCGUUUGGAUGCUCAUCUCUAUUGGUCGAUCUCCAGUCGGCUUGAUGAAGAGAAAUGGGAGGGGCCUAAUAUGACUGAGCAAACGGGGAAGUCCACUGAUUCAGAAUCUGUCAGGGAGGGAGACGGGCCAACAUUUACUGUGGGCGGAGUUACAAAUACCCAGGACCAAUCGGUUGUAGGAGAGCAGAACGGCAGUGUGACCACUGACCAAUCAGAGUCUGAGGCUUAAAAGGAUGCAAGAAUGUAAAAAGGUACGGAAAAUGUUCGAAGGAGUCCACAGUUGAUGUAAAUUUAACUUUAGACUGGAUUGUUCAAUGAUCCAAGCCGCCUUCUUUGAGUUACAUUUUUAAAUGUAUAGUCGCUAAUGCCUAGCAUAGAAUACUUUCCCCAAGGGGGAAAUCCUAGUGUCUCCUUGCUGUGUUUUCAGUCAGAUUAAAUCCUAACUUGUGAUGUUUCACGACAACACUGCCUUUGAAUUCACACAGUAGCUCUAAUUCAAACUCUAGUGGGCUGCCUCUCUGUCUGCCGUCUACUUAAAGGGUUAGUUCACCCAAAAAUGAAAAU